AUGCUUUUGGAGCUAUCAUAUUCCGAUUUUCACAUCAUCUUCGCAUGUGGCAGUGGCGAAAUGCCUGGUCUUGGUAUAUGUGGAACUCCAUUUGUUAGCGGGAUCACAUCCCAACUCGCUGGCAAGAGCGUCUCGUCAUAUGCAGUUGAGUAUUCGGCUUCAAUAAGCCAAGCAAGUGCUGGUCCAGGUGCUACAGAUAUGACAAAGCACGUCGUGGGUGUGGCACAAGAGUGUCCGAACACUGUGUUUGUGCUUGGUGGUUACUCACAAGGUGCCAGCGUCACCGAUAUUGCCAUCGGAAUUAGCACAUCGCUUGGUGUCGGUGAAUAUAUUCCAGAGACUUUGGCUCCUCGUAUCAAGGCUAUCGUGACAUUUGGUAAUCCAUUGAAGCUCCAAGGUCAAACUAUCGAAUCAUCGAGCCAGCUAUACGGCUCAAAAGCAAUUGAAUACUGCAAUCUGGGCGAUCCGGUUUGUGGCAACGGUUUCAACACAAUUGCACACAUGACCUAUCCAACGGAUGGUAGUGUGGAUAAAGCGGCUGCACAAGCUGCGGCGUUGGUCCAGGGAGGUGAGGACGACGAUCCGUUUCGUGGACGGCCAAUCGGUCUUGACAUUCAGAACAUCGUUCAAACACAGGGGGCAAUGCGUCUCCAGUUAUCGGAACAAAAGUGGUUGACUGCGAAUGACGACAAGGACAGGACACGAAACAAACGACAGAAUUGGUGCUGCAUUGAAUUACGUGCAGGAAUCCGCGAAACCUUUCAUAAAUAA